GACCGAGACAACAGCCCCAGCUCCUGUGCUGGCCUCUUCAUUGCUUCACACAUCGGAUUUGACUGGCCUGGGGUCUGGGUCCACCUGGACAUUGCAGCUCCAGUACAUGCUGGUGAGCGAGCCACAGGCUUUGGUGUAGCUCUCCUACUGGCACUUUUUGGCCGUGCCUCUGAGGACCCGCUGCUGAACCUGGUGUCCCCGCUGGACUGUGAGGCAGAUGCCCAGGCGGGCGACAACAUAGGGCGUGACUCCAAAAGACGUAGGCUCGUGUGAGGGCCUCUUCCCACCUGGUGACACAGGGUCCCUUACCUCACUUUGCACUGACUGAUUUAUAGCAACUGAAAGAUUAGAUCUUCAGAUGACCUUGGCUCUUCCCUUUGUGUGCCCACUGGUGAUGGGAGUGAGUUGUUCUCUUCUCAGAAGACAGCUUAGGGGUCUGGUAGGGUCUGGGGAAGGUUGCCACAGAUCCCCUAGGUCAGCUUCUGCAAACUCUAUCCCUUGUCCUCCACCCUGGUCUUCAGAAACACCUCAGGUCACCCUGUGUGGUGAGUUACCUCCUGACCCAGGCCCCUGCUUCAGCCAGGGCUCUCUGGGAUGUCCAGCCAACCUGGGUAGGUGUGACCCUAUGCUUUGAAGCAGGAAGAGCCUCACAGCCCCUCCAAGUCAUUGAAGUUGUAUUAAAUGUGGCCACAACAUA